GAAACACGUCCACGCCAAUCCCCCAGGGCCUAGAACUCUCUCGUCGCAACCCUUUUAUAAACCCCCACGCGGAAUCUCUCUCCAUAUUCCGAUACAUUAUAGCGAGAGAGAGAAAAGAUACUACAAUCACACAGCAAUCAGCGGAAUGGCCGACGAAGCAAAGGCCAAAGGCAACGCGGCUUUCUCCGCCGGCAACUACAACGACGCCAUCCGCCACUUCACGGAGGCGAUCGAACUCGCCCCCACUAACCACGUCCUCUACUCUAAUCGAUCCGCUUCCUACGCAUCCCUCGGCCAAUACAGUGACGCCUUAUCGGACGCCCAAAAGACCGUCGAGCUCAAACCCGACUGGUCCAAGGGCUAUUCGAGACUCGGAGCUGCCCACUUGGGUCUUCGCCACUACGACGAUGCUGUUUCGGCCUACAAGAAGGGCCUCGAAAUCGACUCCAACAACGAGGCCCUAAAAUCCGGCCUCGCCGAUGCCCAAUCCGCCGCCAGCAGAUCCCGCGCGCCGCCGUUCGGGGGGCCUUCGUCCUCUCCCUUCGGCGACACCUUUUCGGGACCCGAGAUGUGGACGAAACUGACAGCCGAUCCGUCGACUAGGGUUUUUCUACAGCAACCUGAUUUUGUGAGAAUGAUGCAAGAUAUUCAGAAAAACCCUAGCAAUUUGAAUCUGUAUCUGAAGGAUCAGAGGGUUAUGCAAGCGCUUGGUGUGUUGCUCAAUGUGAAGAUGCGGUCACCGACUUCGGAGGACAUGGAGGUUCCGGAUGCACCACCGCCUCAUCCAGAGAGGAAGAGGCCUGCCGAGGCAGAGCCGGUGAAAGAAAAGGAGGCGGAGCCAGAGCCAAUGGAAGUAUCGGGAGAGGAGAGAGAAGCUAGAGAGAGGAAGGCACAGGCUGUGAAGGAGAAGGAGGCGGGUAAUGCGGCAUACAAGAAGAAGGAUUUCGACACUGCCAUUCAGCAUUAUUCAAAGGCUAUUGAAUUGAACGAUGAGGAUAUCUCUUUCCUUACAAAUCGAGCAGCUGUGUACUUGGAAAUGGGGAAGUAUGAAGACUGCAUUAAAGAUUGUGACAAAGCUGUUGAAAGAGGAAGAGAGCUAAGGGCAGAUUAUAAGAUGGUUGCAAGGGCCUUGACAAGAAAGGGAACUGCUUUGGCAAAGAUGGCAAAAUGCUCAAAGGACUAUGAACCUGCUAUUGAGACGUUCCAGAAAGCUCUUACGGAGCAUCGCAACCCAGACACAUUGAAGAAACUCAAUGAAGCCGAGAAAGCAAAGAAAGAACUGGAGCAACAAGAGUAUUUUGAUCCAAAGAUAGCAGAUGAGGAGCGUGAGAAAGGUAAUGAGUGCUUUAAAGAGCAAAAGUAUCCAGAGGCAGUGAGGCACUAUACAGAAUCUUUGAGGAGGAAUCCCAAGGAUCCCAGAGCAUAUAGUAAUAGAGCUGCUUGCUAUACAAAACUAGGGGCCAUGCCGGAGGGUCUGAAGGAUGCAGAGAAGUGCAUUGAGCUUGAUCCAACAUUUGCCAAGGGGUAUACUAGAAAAGGUGCCGUCCAGUUUUUCAUGAAAGAGUACGACAAGGCGUUGGAAACAUACCAGGAAGGAUUGAAGCAUGACCCUAAAAACCCGGAAUUGCUAGAUGGUAUAAGGAGAUGUGUUGAACAAAAUAACAAGGCUAGCCGUGGGGAUCUAAGCCCUGAGGAACUGAAGGAGAGACAGGCUAAGGGGAUGCAGGAUCCUGAAAUUCAGAAUAUCCUAACAGAUCCUGUUAUGAGACAGGUGUUGACGGACUUCCAGGAGAAUCCCAAGGCUGCACAGGAGCAUACUAAGAACCCUCUGGUGAUGAACAAGAUCCAGAAGCUGGUUAAUGCAGGGAUUGUUCAGAUCAAAUGAAGAUGUUAGUUGCAACUAAUUGGACAUAAAAAGCCCUCCAUUAAAUGUCUUUCCAGUGUGUUUCAGUGGAUUAAUUGUUAAAAACUAGUUUGCACUUGAAAAUUUUGAUUUCUGGAAAGUUUCUUAUUUAUA